AGGAUCUACACUGAGCUCUACAUAACACAGGGACGGAGGGAAGGGGUUAAUACCCAACAUGAGGUGUGGCAGCUGGAGACAACAUCCAAGAUGGAGACCCUCAGUGACACUCCAAUCAAGUGCCAGGACAUCUUUAAACCCUUACCUGACCAAGACACACACAUCAGAGUAGUUGUGACGCAGGGCGUUGCUGGCAUUGGAAAAACCUUCUCAGUGCAGAAGUUCACUCUGGACUGGGCAGAGGGCUUGGAAAACCAACAUGUCAGUCUUGUGGUUCUGCUUUCGUUCCGGGAGCUGAACUUGAUCAAAGAUGAGCGCUACAGUCUUCUCCAGCUGCUCCGUGUUUUCCAUCCAACAUUACAGACGGUCACAGCAGAGAAGCUCGCCGUCUGUAAAGUCGUGUUCAUCUUUGACGGCCUGGAUGAAAGCAGGUUUUUAUUGGAUUUCCAGAACAAUGAGGUCGUGUCUGAUGUCACACAGACAUCAUCAGUAGACGUGCUGUUGACAAACCUCAUCAAGGGGAAUCUGCUUCCCUCGGCUCUCCUCUGGAUAACUUCCAGACCAGCGGCGGCCAAUCAGAUCCCUCCUACAUGUGUCGACAGGGUAACAGAAGUGCGAGGGUUCACUGACCCCCAGAAGGAGGAGUACUUCAGGAGAAGAUCCAGUGAUGAGGAGCUGUGCAGCAGAAUCAUCUCACACAUCAAGGUGUCCAGGAGCCUCCACAUCAUGUGCCACAUCCCAGUCUUCUGCUGGAUCACUGCUACAGUUCUGGAGCACAUGUUGACUACAGACCAGAGAGGAGAGCUGCCCAAGAGCCUGACUGACAUGUACUCACACUUCGUGCUGGUUCAAACACAGAGGAAGAAGCACAAGUACAAUGAGAGACAUGACAGGAGCCAGCAGGAGCUGAUGGAGACUGACAAGGAAGUUCUUCUGAAGCUGGGCAGGCUGGCAUUUGAACAUCUGGAGAAAGGCAACCUGAUGUUCUACCAAGAAGACCUGGAGGAGUGUGGUCUUGAUGUCAGAGAGGCCUCGGUGUACUCAGGAGUGUGCACAGAGAUCUUCAAAACCGAGUGUGUGCUCUUCCAGAGAAAAGUCUACUGCUUUGUUCAUCUGAGCAUUCAGGAGUUUCUCGCUGCAGUCUACAUCUUCCACUGCUACACCAACAGGAACACAGAGGUACUGGCCAGAGUCAUGAGUAAUGACCAUGAUCUGUUUGCUUACUAUGAGCUAUCGUUGGAUGACUUCCUGUGGACAGUCAUGUCUGUAGCCCUGAAGAGCAAAAAUGGUCACCUGGACCUCUUUGUCCGUUUCCUUCAUGGCCUCUCACUGGAGUCCAACCAGAAGCUCUUAGGAGGCCUGCUGGGGUCCGACCAGAGGCUCUUAGGAGGCCUGCUGGGUCAGACAGAGAGCAGACCAGAAGACAUCCAGAGAGCCAUCAACAACCUGAAGGGGAUGAACAACAACGAUGUCUCACCUGACAGAAACAUCAACAUCUUCCACUGUUUGAUGGAGAUGAACGACCUCUCAGUACAUCAGGACAUCCAAGAGUUCCUGAAGUCAGAGAACAGAUCAGAGAAGGAACUCUCUGCGAUCCAGUGCUCAGCUCUGGCCUACAUGCUGCAGAUGUCAGAGGAGGUUCUGGAUGUUUUUGACCUGAAUGUGUACAACACAUCAUUGGAGGGACAACAGAGACUGAUCCCAGCUGUGAGGAACUGCAGGAAGGCUCGACUGGGUGGCUGCAGGUUGUCAGAGAGCAGCUGUGCUUCUCUGGCCUUGGCUCUGAAGUCCAACCCCCAUCUGACAGAGCUGGACCUGAGUAAGAACAAGCUGCAGGAUUCAGGAGUGAAGCUGCUGUCUGCUGGACUGGAGAGUCCAAACUGCAGACUGGAGACUCUCAGAUUGAGGGACUGCAGGUUGUCAGAGAGCAGCUGUGCUUCUCUGGCCUCGGCUCUGAAGUCCAACCCCCAUCUGACAGAGCUGGACCUGAGCUGGAACCAGCUGCAGGAUUCAGGAGUGGAGCUGCUGUCUGCUGGACUGGAGAGUCCAAACUGCAGACUGAAGACUCUCAGGUCAGACUGCACUUUUUAAUGAUGACAUAAAUAUAUGAAUAUUGUUUGAAUCAUAUCGUAGCACUAAGGGCCUUAUCUUACGUCAGAGUCCCUAAACCCGUUAUUUGGAGAUUUAGUAGGGCUGGGCAAUUAAUCGAAAAAUAAUCAAAACCGACAUUUAGGGUCUCUAACCGACGUAAUCCUGCCCAUGACGGUUAUUUCGACAUAAGCGCAUGAGCACGCCCACAGACACACCUUCAGGCGCAAAUAAAGGAGUCGGCAUAAUGCAUAGUGGGUAGUGUGGCCAUUUGCAAAGCGUGUUCUGCUGAACUAUCUAGAGAGGGCCAUUUGCUCCAUAU